GAGUAUAGUAUAUUAAAAAAAAGUACGAUACAAUUUCAAAAUCCCCCAAAUUUCGUCUUCUCCGCCAUCUUCCCCUCUUUCAAGAGUUGCAGUCAGCUCCUUCUCGUGAACAAUCCCAACGCCAUUGCUAUCCACCUUUAAUUUCUCUCUCCUCAAAAGUAAUGGCAGUCAAUCCUUAAAAUCUGAACUCGGCAACUCUCUUCACUCUAUCAUCAAUGGCCACCGCGGCGUUUAAGUCCACGACGCGGCGGACUUCAAUUGGAGGAGACACCAACUCCAACUCUAACUCCAGCGGAAGUAGGAAUUCAUCAUCGUCACAUCACCGCCGUUCACGAAGCGUAAGCCGCUUCUCGCAUCGUAUUCCGGCCGAGGUAUCGCCGGAGGAGCCGCCGUCAGCGAGUCGGAGGGGUAAAUUUGUGAAUACAGUGAGAGGGUCCGGAGUUCCGGAGAUUAGUCUUGAUGAUCUCGCGAUUGAGAUGUUUUCGUCUAGUGAUAUUGGUGAAAGAGGGCGGACAAAGUCGUCGGAGGUUUCGUCGGCUAAUAAUAAUGAUAAAAUGACAUCGCAUCGGCGAGGUAGGUCGGUUUCGAGGCGUGGAUCAAUGGUUGGUGAGCUGAGGAGUAAUAAUUUUGGUGACAAAAAUGGCGGUACGGAUGGUGGUGCUUCUAGAAGGAGGCGGUCUCUUUCUGUGGUUCGGAAUUAUCAAAUUAGCGAUUCUGAGAAUGAACACAUUCAGAAAAACCGAAGCCAUGCCAAUCCCAAUGAUCUUAACAUUUGGAGCAAACAAAAGCCUGUGGUGCAGCCAACAUCUUCGAAUCAGCAGAGAGGAUUGCGGAGGUCCUCUAGCCAGAAAGAUUUCUUGAGGUCAUAUGAUGGCUAUUCUAGCUAUUCCUCCACGCUAACUGACGAUGAAGGAAAUGAUGCAUGUUACAAUGCUAACCGAACAACAAAGGACAUGCAAGCUGCCUUCAAACAAAAUAAGCCAAGUGGACAUGGGCGGAAUAGCAUUCGGUCAAAAGAAUUGCAAAAAGAAUAUACAAAUUCUGCCAAAGAUAACAGGCUAGAUCUUAGACAGGCUGACCACCAACUGUCUAAGUUGACUAGUAACGAUGGUCUUCAAUCAGCAGACUCUGAUGUUCUUAAAGUUGUUUCAACUGUCAGAAGGAAUUAUAAGGCAAAACUGGAAGAGUCUGAAAAGCGUAAACAAGAACUCCUUGCUGAAAUAAUGUUGGAGGAGGAGCGUGGUAAGGAGCUCAAAAAAAUUGUUGGAGAACUGCUUCCUAAUCCAAAGAGCACUCCUGCUAAAAGAGCUGCAAGAGGAAGAAAGAGAAGUACUGACAGAAACAGAAUGCCCAAGGAAUUGGAAGAAGAUGUUGAUAAAAUUAUUGAAGAAUUCAUCUCUAGUGUUGAAGAGACAGAUAUCUCAUCAUUUGAUGGAGAAAGGAGCGAUACAAGUUCUAUUUUUGGAGGAGCAGUAAAGCCAAUGUUGCAAUACGGAGAUACAGAAUCUUUUAAGAGUCCACAGAGAUCUAAUUUGCUUCCUGGUGAAAUGGAUGGGGUUGUUCUUCCUUGGUUGAAGUGGGAGACUGGCAAUGAUGGCACUCCUCAUCUGGUCAAUGAUAAUAAGCAACAUCCUAUCACUCCAAAAACUGUUCUACACGGUACACAGGAGAUGACUGCUGAAGAGCAAGAGCAAAGCUCUAGUUCGAAGAGUAGCCGUGGGAGUUGGAGUCCUGGAGUUGCCAAUAGUUUCUCUUUGGAUGUAGGACAAACCAGCACAACUGGAGAGGUCGAGAGCUACAAAACUCAACUGUUAUCUCAAGUACCCAGAAAAUCACAGGUGGACAUAGAUGCUUAUCUAAAGCUUACAAGCAACGAGGGUUUCUUUUCGGAAAGAUGGAAACAACGAGAAAGAAUACAUUCAGGCGGUCUCCUUAUUUGUAAUAGUGGGUCUUUAGGAGAAUUUCUUUUUUGAAAUAACUGUAGUGAUUACAUUCUACUAUAUUUAGUACACACCUCUGUCAAUUCCCAGUGUAAAUCUGUGAGGUUGUGUAGUUAGAUUAAGGUGUUGCUUAUUUCCGCCUUUACUUGCCUGGACGGAGAUAUGUUGCGGCAAUCAAGCAUUCGCUCCCCGCAUGGGCUGCUGUACAAAGUACUUAUUGCUACUGGUGUUCAAUUCUAUAUGCACUUGUGCAGUCCUUUAUA